AUGAUGGUGAGCUUUGGAACUUGGCUGUUUUCAACGAGCUAUUCCAGAUGGACGCCGCUCCGGCGCUUAAUGUGAUCCAUUACAUGAAGCCGAAAGUGUGUGCAUAUGUUGGAGCCUACCGAAAAAUAUCUUUUGAGGUUUUGAACGUUUUCAGAAAUCACAAUCUGAACUCUUCAUGUUUGCAGGUAAACACCAAUUUGUGUCGAAGUCUGGGGUUAAUAGAAGCCAAUUACGCGAAUGCUUUGACAAAUCGCUUCAGAGUUUCGUACAGCAACAACACAGGUGAUUCGGAGAUCACUACAAGGAUAACUUUGUAGAAGUUCCUGCAGGAUACGUGGAAUUGUCUGAAUUCAUUGAGUUUCGGUGCAAGGAAGAAGAGGAAGAAGCCAAGGAAGCUUUGAGAAGACCCAGGAGAAAGUCAAUCCAAGUGCAAACUGAGCCUACGGAAUCUUCGAAAACUGCGAGACGAACACUUCCGAGGUCUCAAUGAACUGUGACUACAAAUUGAAUCACUCUCUUCCAGAACACUCCCUCCAACGCCAGUAGCACCUGAGUCCCCGAUGAGUCAUUCCUUCUAUCCAACAUAUCCGUCCCCGAACUCUGUGAUCGGGAGUGUCCUACGACAUAAAAGCCAGAUUGUGACCGUUGGAAGCAAUUAUCUGCUUGUUCUCGAUAAUCGCGGUCAGUUCCAACAGUUGAGGGUCUUCCUUAUUGAUGAUAUCAUUGGUCGCAUGAGAUGAAAAAGCACUAUUUCUUGGAAGUUCAAAGAAGAGUCAAUUUCAGAUUCGGAGACUCUACAAAGACAGGAUACGGUGGCCGUGAAUGAGAAUAACACUCGGACGCUUCGUGACUAUAAAACCGAUGUAGGAUGAAAGCGAAUCAUGAAUCUUCUGAACAGGGACAUUUUCAGCACUUCAAAGACAGCCAGCAUUAUCUCACCGAGUCCAAUCAACCCGGUCCUUCUCACUGGCUUCACGAAAGUCUUCCCGAGUGAGUUCAUCUGGAUCACUCCCUCAUUCCAUUCAAACGUUUCUUUUUAGUUUAUUUGCUGUUGUUUCGUUAAUCCUUAUUUACAUCUGAAGUUAGGUUUUGCAUACGGAUAUAUGAUUCCCAUCGUCUACACACAGGAUACUCUGAUUCUUGUGUGCAAGACAAUGAUACAACCAAAUUUGAUUUCCAUUCCUUAAUGGUCAAAUAGCCGUGUUUUUUGCCAAAUCUAUUCCGAACGCAUAAAAUGGAUUGCAGAGACGACGGAAGCCUGUUGCGUCGGCUGAAAACCGAGUACUUCAAGUCGGAAGAGUACACCGCUGCCGAAUUGUGCGAACACACGCCGAAAUAA